AUGGCUGCCAACAACGACCAUAUCCUGACGCUGUCAUGCCCGGACAAGCCGGGCAUCGUCCACGCCGUGACGGGCAUCUUUGCCUCUCGGUCAAUCAACAUUCUUGACUUGAAGCAAUUCUCCGACACGGGGUCGCAAAAGUUCUUCAUGCGUGUGCACUUUGGCCCCGUCGCCGAGACGGCGGACCUCUCUGCCGCCUUCUCGGCGCUGGCCUCGCAGUACGACCCCAUGACCUGGGACAUCCGGCCCGUGGCUCAAAAGACGCGCGUCCUCAUCAUGGUGUCCAAGAUCGGCCACUGCCUUAAUGACCUGUUGUUCCGCGCCCAGAGCGGCCGUCUCGCCGUCGACGUGGCCCUCAUCGUGUCCAACCACCCGGACUUUGCGCCCCUGGCCGCUAGCCACGGCGUCGAGUUCCGCCACCUGCCUGUCACCAAGGAGACCAAGACCCAGCAGGAGGAGGAGAUCUUGAGGUUGGCCAAGGAGCGCGACGUCGAGCUCAUCGUCCUGGCCAGGUACAUGCAGGUUCUCAGCCCCACGUUGUGCGAGGCCAUGAGCGGCCGCAUCAUCAACAUUCACCACAGUUUCUUGCCAUCCUUCAAGGGCGCCAAGCCGUACCACCAGGCCUACGACCGCGGUGUCAAGAUCAUUGGCGCCACCGCUCACUUUGUCACUGCUGACCUGGACGAGGGGCCCAUCAUCGAGCAGCGCAUCUCGAGGGUCGACCACGGCAUGACGCCCAAGCAGCUGGUGGACGAGGGUUCGUCCAUUGAGGCUUUGGUUCUUGGCGCUGCUGUUCAGUGGUUUGCCGAGAGGAGAGUAUUUUUGAACAAUUCAAAGACUGUGGUUUUCAAUUAG